AUGGAAAUUGUAAUUUCCAGCAAUGGCCUCAUCCCUGACGAUACCAUUCGCUCUGUCGAAAAUUUGAAACUGCCUGAGAAAGUUUUGGAAGAAGGGCAAAAAGCAGUUCUCCUAGACACAGCGAACAUCGUUACUAAAGGCUUUCCCCUGACUGCUAGUGCCGGGUCACUGCUGAGGACCCCGGCAACCCGUCGUCACAAAUAUGUCAGGAUGUCACACGUUUCAGUAACCCAGGCUCCCAAAGCUGGAGCUGGAGCUGACAAAUCCGCGAGGUUUUGGAAGGCAGGUAGUCGCGACCGACCCCAAGCUACUACCUGGACGGCACACCUUUGA